UCAGUUAACAAUCCCAUUCGGAGCCUAAAACGAUGGCGUUUGUACAGGAACCAUAUCCAUCUUGAGCAGUACAACCACGGCCACUGAGCGCACACACAGGCAAUGGCGCGAGGCCUAACCAGAGCCACCACCUCCACCUUCUUAGCCACUUCAUUCCUCAAAAUAACACCACCAAUAUGGAAAAAUCCAUCUGUGUCCCUCUCCGUUCCUUGGACUCAGUUUCUCUGCAAGUGCUCUCUUGCCCACCACCAUCACCAGCACCAACACCAACACCAACACCCUAUCGACAUGUCAAAGUACAAGGAAGCUUUCUCAAUGCAAAUGGCCAUGGCUGGCCUUAAACCCCACCACCGAAUCGCUUUGGGAGUCUCUGGAGGUCCUGAUAGUAUGGCACUUUGCGUUUUAACUGCUGGUUGGAAAACGAAUGGCAUUAGUAAUGGAGAGAGUGGUGAUUUCGUUGAUGGGCUCUUGGCAAUAGUUGUCGAUCAUGGGCUGCGUUCUGAAAGCAAAGAUGAAGCAAACAUUGUUUAUAAUUGGGUUUCCCAAAUGGGAAUCAGAUGUGAGAUUGCCCAUUGUGAUUGGUCAGAUGGUAGGCCGAAACAAGGUCACUUGCAAGAAGCAGCUCGGGAAAUGAGGUAUCAGGCUUUUCAGAAAGUUUGUGCCCAACAUCAGAUUGGUGUUUUGCUCAUUGCGCAUCAUGCCGAUGACCAGGCUGAGUUAUUCAUUCUUAGACUAUCUCGCAAUAGUGGUGUGAUUGGACUAGCUGGCAUGCCUUUCAUUUCUCAAGUUUUCUCUACACAUACAUAUUCUUUGGGGGGAGUCUCAAAUAAUCAUGGUGUACUUCUUGUGCGACCACUCAUGAAUUUUUCUAAACAAGACAUGUAUAAGAUAUGUCUUGGGGGUAAUCAGGAUUGGGUGGAAGACCCAACAAACAAAAGUCUUCUAUUUGCUCGUAAUAGGAUUCGAAUGUCAUUAAGGGAUGUCUCAUCAAGUAUCUUCAAGUCUGAGCUACAAGCAGUUAUCUCGGCCUGUCGAAGAACACGCUCAUUUAUUGAUCAAGUUUGUUGUAAAUUGAUAAACCAGGCAAUAGUUGUUAAAGAUCAGGGGUAUGCUAUUAUUGAUUUGGAGAUUCUUAGUCCAUCAAAAGUUGAGGACAUAUGCCUAUCAAAGUUUCUUUCCUUGGUUUUGCAGUUCAUCUCACAAAGGUAUAGGCCAGUUAGAGGUAGUACUUCAAAAUUGCUGUUGGACUAUAUUCGUACUUUUCCCUGCAAGAACUCCCUCACAGUAGCUGGUUGUUACCUUUGUCCAGCUCCGGGGUCUAAAGGCACCAAAACCUUGGUUUGCUGUUCCGUUGAUUGUCCUCUCCCUUCAAAAAUGGAGCCAUUCCGUUCAUACACUUUUGGAGAACAGGAACACCAUAUUCCAAGUGAGUUAGAGCAAAUUAUAGUGGAUGCAAAGUCAUAUUCAGAUCACCUGGUUCUAGAUGAAUCAGAUGUGCAUUUUCUGAAUGUUACAUCAGAAUCAGUUCUAACUGAAGCCAAAAGACUUGGUAUACUCAGUGAGUCAACAUAUAGGAAUAUUCUCUUAUUGCAGAGGGAAGAAACCAAACGCUUCAAGUCUAAGACUGAGACAGAACUCUCAUCUGAUUUAGAGUCAAAGCAUGGCUUUCAAUCUGUCAAUAUGUUGCGGAGUGAACCACUUCAACCUGGGCAUGCAUGUUACUUCAUGAGCAGAUUCUUCAUCACAUGGAAAUUGAAUGAGGAAAUUGGUAGCAGUGCAUUUUCAGAGGAAGCCAAUUGUGACUUGAAUUUGGGACUGGAAAAUUGGCAGUGUCAUUGCAGGUCUUGUGUGGUUGGUCAUGACAUGGUAGCUGAGGUUCGACACAUGAUUGAAUCUGACUGGCUGUAUCUUGCAAAGUUUUCAAAAUGCCUGAGUAAUUCAGGGAAAUUUCAACAGCAAAGAGAUCUCUUAGAUUAUAGAGCAGAUCAAAUACCAGAUAAGAUAAAUCGAUGCUUAGAUUAUGCAAGGUUAUCAGCACAAAGAGCUCUUCUGUCAUUAAAAUCUAUCCCUGCUGCUGCAAGAGGAGGCCUACCUGUCCUAGUCAAUCAUAAAGGACAAUUAAUAAGCAUCCCAAGCAUUGGUUUCAAGCAUUGCCCUUGCUUGGUUGUAUCUGCAGAAUUCAAGCCAAGAGUACCACUUGGGGGAGGUCAUAGUUCAUUUAUAUAGUCUCUGUAGCUUAAGUUAGUAACUUUAACUAUCAUAUACACCAUGGAGGCCAGCACUUUAUUUUUUAUUUUUUUGAGGUUAGGGUUUGAAUCUCCUCUCCCCUACUUGUUGUAACAAUUGAAUUAUAAAUUAAUAAUACCAGUUGGUCUCUAAGUGUCAAA